CGCUAACUCCGCUUCCCGUGAGAGUUUGCUCACGCUGGUCCGGAGUCUGGAGACUGAGUUUGGUGUCGCAGAAGAACUCUGGCUUUAGGCAGUCUGGAAUAGGUAUGAGUGAUUUCAGUGAAGAAUUGAUAAGGCCCACAACAGAGGAUGAACAGGAGGAACCGCGUGUGCCCUCUGGUACAGGAAUGUGUCUUCCUUGGCUCCAAAAGCAUAUAGAAACCAUAGCGACUGGAGGAAAACAGGAGAAGGAUUUUGCUCAGACAACAAGUGCUUGUUUAAGUCUUAUCCAAGAAGCUCUGCUGAAGCACCAGUGGCAGCGAGCUGCAGAAUACAUGCACAGUUACUUUCAGAUCUUGGAAGAUUCAGAUAGCAACAAAAGACAGAUUGCACCGGAGAUUAUUUGGAGGCUUGGAAGUGAAAUUCUUUAUUAUCAUCCCAAAAGCAAUGUGGAGACUUUCAAUACCUUUGCUGACCGGAUGAAAAAUAUUGGUGUCAUGAAUUACCUGAAGAUCUCCUUACAACAUGCAUUAUACCUUCUGCAUCAUGGUAUGCUUGAGGAUGCGAACAGAAAUCUCAGCCAGGCAGAGACAUGGCGAUAUGGUGAAAAGUCGUCUUCUCAGGAAGUGUUAAUCAACCUUAUUCAGGCCUAUAAAGGGCUUUUGCAGUAUUAUAUUUGGUCUAAAAAGAAGAUGGAAUUGUCUCAGCUUGAUGAGGAUGAUUAUGCUUACAACACAGCAUCCCAGAAUAUGCUCAACCACAGCUGGAAGACAUCUAUAAACCUUUGUGCAUUGAUUCAAAUUCCUGGAGUUUGGGACCCUUUUGUGAAGAGUUAUGUAGAGAUGCUGGAAUUCUAUGGGGAUCAAGAUGGAGCCCGAGAGGUGCUUACCAAUUACGCCUAUGAUGAAAAGUUCCCAUCAAAUCCAAAUGCUCAUAUCUACUUAUACAACUUUUUAAAGAGAGAGAAGGCACCAAGAGAGAAACUGAUAAGUGUACUUAAGAUUUUGUAUCAGAUUGUACCAUCUCAUAAACUGAUGUUAGAAUUCCAUAGAUUACUGAGAAAGUCAGAAAAUGAAGAACACCAUAAACUGGGGUUGGAGGUAUUAUUUGGAGUCUUAGAUUUUGCUGGAUGCACUAGAAAUAUAACUGCUUGGAAAUAUUUGGCAAAAUAUCUCAGACAGACUUUAAUGGGGAGUCAUCUUGCCUGGGUUCAAGAAGAGUGGAACUCCAGGAAAAACUGGUGGCCAAGCUUUCACUUCAGCUACUUUCGGGCAAAAAAUGAUUGGAAGGAAGAUAAAGCUUUGGCUUGUGAGAAAGCUUUUGUAGCUGGGUUAUUGUUAGGAAAAGGUCACUUAGGUCAAGCAGUUAACCUUUGGGAGCCUUCUGUUUGAGAUGGGCAGUGUAACACAUGCCCCGUUUGCUUACAGGAUUGCUGUAAGCAUCACACAAACAUCACAUCAAAGUGCUUUAUACAUUCUGAGGUAUCCUGCGAAUAUCAGGCAUAAAAUGUCUGAGAACGGGCUCACCUUUUCUUCUUUCCGGGUGUUAGUAUGGGGGUUGAGUCAGUCUAUUGGGAGUUGUGCUGGGUUUUGUUCUUGAUCUGGUUACCCUCAUCACAUCCUGGGAUUCGAAUUUUCGUCGUGGCCUCCCUUUGCUUUGUGCUUGGAGUAGGGUACCGUGGCUGCCCUUCCUCCCAUGCUCUGCUCAGGGUGAACCAGGCCCGCUUCUCCUUGGAGGGGCCUUUCCUCCCAGCACUUCAGGCUGCUUGGCUGCCCUGUGACUUUAGCUCGGUGGGCUUGAAGUUAGGAAUGGUAGUUUAUUUGGCUUUUUCUCUGUGUUAGAUUGGUAGCAGAGUUUUUUCCAGUUUUCUGUAUUCUAGACAGAAGCAGAAAUCUGUGUACAAAGUAUUUUGUUUUUGCUGAAGUGGUAGAUGUGUUUAGCAACACAAAGUAUUAUAUUAACACCACACACACCACUGCUUCCCAGCUAAUAAAAUAUUAGCAGUUCUCACCUACUAUUUUCAGGGAUAAUAAAAUUGUUACUCUAGGUACAAUAUAUAUUCCAGCAAUUUCCCAGAGAAUAUGAAUAAAUGCAAGCUGAGACUGUAAUAAAAUUAAUUUUCCUAUUUUUUUAUGGUCUCAUUUAUUAAAUAGAGAAAAUCUCUUAUAAUAUCCAGCUUACAUUUUUCUUACAGGAAUUUGAUUCACGUCUCUGAAAUACUUAACUAGUGAUCCUCUUAGCUUUGUAAGACUAUGAAAAGCAGGUAGAACUUGUGAUGAGCACCUUUGGCACCUUUGGCACAUCUGCAUGAUCACCAUCCAGCUGCCUGCUAGAUGGCGGGAAUGGCUAGAUUAAAUUUUUGAUCUCUUCUAAUCUAUGAUUUGUUUAUUCUAAUUCUUCACAUCAGGGUUUUCUACAGAGAACUUCCUUAUUGUCAUAGAUGUGUCUUUGGCUCUUUUACCAACUUAUCAUUGAGAAGGAAGCUCUAGUAGUUUGCUUCUGGAGAAGGCUCAUUUAAUAUAUGAAUAUAUAUAUAAUAUGCAUAUCACCUUAACUAAGGUUUAGGAGGGAAGGUAGAAAACAAGCUAAAGUAUAUGCUUUAAUUAUGAUGGAUCAGAAAUAUUUUUAUAUGUAGGAAGCAGUACAUUUCAUUGGUGACAGCUCUGAGAAUGGGCUUAGACAUAUUGGUGUAGGUAAUACAAAUCCGUCUACUUUUAUAAUCAUCAGUAUGCCAGAGUUGAAGCAAAAUUUUUAAAAUGUAGAAAAAUACUUGAAGAAUUUGAUGAUAAGUAUUAAAACUUUCUGUUUAUU